CUCUAGGUUUUAAGUUUGCCAUUCUUAUCCCAGUGGAGUUACUUCACAUACGACGGAAGGUACUUGCGAGAGGUUGGAUCCGACACACUCCGGUGACUCGUUUCCUGUGUUGUUGACUCGGACAUUCAUGUUAACAACUUAAUCUAUUAUUUGAACUUGGAUUUAUGGUUGUGUUUGAUUGAGAACCUUGGAAGCUAAUUUGCCUUCAUUUCCUCGAGACGCUCACGUUUGCAGAAGAUUGUGAUUCCUCUUAGUUUCAAUUUGGCAGUUUGUGAAAUUGAAUUUGCAUAUGGCUUUGCGAGGGGUUUGGCAACUUAACAAGCUGGUUGUCAGCUAUUGCAACUGGGGUGGAAGUAGCAGAGGUAUAAGGGCAUUUAUGGAGUCUCAUUUGCCAGCAUUUAAGGAGAAGAAUCCUCAAUUAGAGGUGGUUAUUGAGCUAAUUCGUGGUCAGCAUCCACAUUUGAAGGGAUUUUAUAAGAACAAGAAUGAGCGAGUGAUAUGUGUGAAGAAUAUGGAUCCAGAAGACAUACAUUUGCACGCAACUAGGUUAAGGAAUGCGUUGGGAAGGAAGGUGGUGAAAUUGAGGACAAGACACGUAACUAAACACCCUAGUGUGCAAGGUACUUGGACAACUGCUCUGGAAUAUUAAGAUAGAAAACUGGCUGUGUGAGAAAGUUCCUCUACUUAAGGUGAUUUAAUUAAUUUGUGAUCCAAUAUGGGUAUAAAUUCUCACAUCCGACACAAUUUUUUCUUAAGUCCCUUUUCUGUAUCAAGACAUUUUUCUUUUCUUUUUGUGUUUGUAUUGUUUUCUUCCCAACCAUGAAGCUAAUGACAAGUUAUAAAAAAUGAAUCUUUUCGUA